CUGAAAAUCAAGAAGAAUCUGAAAAUCAAGAAGGAUCUGAAAAUCAAGAAGAAUCUGAAAAUCAAGAAGAAUCUGAAUAUCAAGAAGAACCUUAAAAUUAAGAAGAAUCUAAAAAAUAAAAAGGAUCUGAAAAUCAAGAAGAAUCUGAAAAUCAAGAAGAAUCUGAAAAGAAUUAAGGAUCUAAAUUCAAAGAUUGAAAGUUUUAAAAAAUCUUAUUCUAACUAUUGAAGAUGAAUAUUCUCCUAGUCCUAGUAGUAGCUCUGCACCAGGGAGGAGAGGUCAGCAGCUUUAUAGUUCGGAGCUGUAGAAACCAGAACCUGGAGACUUCAUUCUGGAAUUCAUUCAUUACUUCAGGACGCUUCCAGCCUACCCAGACAGGUAGCAGACACGUUCGAAGAUUAAAAGAACAGUUGCAAGAGUUGAGUACAGCUGUAGAGUUUUAUAAAAACGAAUACAGCGAACAGACUUUUGAUAAAUCCUACAGACAAAUGGACCAAGAGCUUCCAACAUUGAGUUAUGAAGAUAUUGUUCCUAGCUCAUCUUUGAUGGUCAACGAUCGUGAACUUUCCUAUGCUGAUGUCCUCCUUGAUGCCUACGAUAUAUUUCAGCGGCUUGAAAUGGCGCUAGAACUGAUUCAGCAUGGAUCAGCUGAUUUUCCCCUUACAAGUUUUGGCGCCAGAAACAUGUGGUCCCUAUUUCGGCGGGAAAUUCAAAAAAUCCUUCAAAAUUUGCUCACAGAAAUGAUGUACAGAGACGUAUCCGCCCCUGUUCCUUUGACUCGAGGGGUAAUAUCAGAAAAUGUUAGAUGUAUGGAUCAUUCAAUUUAUCAGGACAUCAGAAAUUUCAUAAUUUUUAGGUCGAUUAAGCAAUCAGCACACUUUUACUUAAGAAUUUUCAGAAAAAAAUGAAUUAUAGUUUAUCAAUUUUAAAAUUCUUAAAAAUGCUUUACUUAGAUUUCAGAUUAGUUGCCAAGAUUGCCAAAUUGUACUUCUUCUUAACAUACUUGGCUUGUCUAAUUGUUGUUGGUUUGUUUUAUCCAGAAACGUCAAAACAGCUGAGCCUUUACCUAUCAGCCCAUGUUUUUGUGGCAACUCCCAUUACCGAAAAGAAAGAUUAAAAAAGGUUGCAAUUAGAACAAUGCCGAUUUUUAAAUGAUAACAGAACUCCUUAAGUCGAGCCUAAGAUCUCGCAGCCGUCAAUCACGUGACACAAGCUGUCGUCA